AUGAUAGCUGGGCUGAACGUUAAAAGGAUCAUCAGUGAAUCUACGGCUGCCGCUCUCGCUUAUGGCUUGGACAAAAACCUUCGCGGAGAAAAGAAUUUUCUGAUCUUUAAUUUAGGAGGGGGCACUUUUGACGUUGGUAAAGGAUAGCUCUUUGAAGAGCCGGUAAUACUGCACGCAUCUGGGCGGAGAAGACUUCGAAAAUCGUGUCGUGGAUUAUUCUUCAAAGGAAUUUAAGCCAAAAUCCAAGAAAGAUCUUAAAGAACACCCGAGAGCCUUGCGCCGACUGAGGACUCUGUGAACGAGCCAAGAGAUCCGUAUCGUGCAGUACCGUUGGCUCAAGCAAGCAUAGAACAGGGGCACCUAACGAUGGUUUCCCCUAAAUACAUUGAAAACACUUCCCAGCUUAUCCAAAGUAAUUUUAGACGUAUAGAAAUGCAUUCUAAGCGGCGCUGUAAAAUAUGUAUCUGUUUGGUCAUACUAGGGGAACUUUACUGUUUUCGAAAUUACAAGGGCUUCAGUAUUAUUUCCCCGAAAAUUUUAGCUGCAAUUUAACGUUUUACGAAACGGGGUGGUUUUUUCUUAUUCCUCUCCCCAUCAUAUUUUUGGAUUCGAAAAUUUUGGGUUUCCCUUUUCUACGAAGAAUAGCCUAACAUGGGGAGUAAAAUGAGAGAAAUUAAACUUCCGAAAAUCGUUGAGGAUACGCUUCGAAAAUUGUACCUGAAUGGAACGUUCAUCUAGAAAUUUUUAGCUGUCCUCAACCAAUAGAAAAUUCUAGGCAAUAUUUGCUUCUCCGAAGAGAUAAUUCACAGAAAACAGUCGUUGGGUGCCCCUGAUAGAGAUCGAUUCACUUGCAGAAGGAAUUGAUUUUGACAUCAAGAUAACCCGUGCCAAGUUUGAAGAACUGUGUAAUGAUCUGUUUCGUUCGUGUUUGGAACCGGUGGAGAAAGCGCUCAAAAUGCUAACCCCGACAAGAAUUGAUCAGAUAUAUGAGGUAGUUUUAGUAGGAGGUUCCACGAGAAUCCCAAGGGUACAGCAACUUCUUCUGAUCAGCCGUUUUUUGAUAACAAACAGUUGAACAAGACCGUAAACCCUGACGAGGCAGUAGCAUAAUUAUGGUGCUGCAAUCCAGGCGGCUAUCUCGUCUGGGGACCAAAGCUCUGAGAUGAAAGGUGUUCCGUUUCUCGAUGUUGCACCCCCGCGCCUUGGAAUCGAGACCGCUGGUGGAGUGAUGACUACACUGAUAGCGCGCAACAGUCGCAUCCCAACCAACUCUUUAAAAGAGUUCACAACUUACUCAGACAACCAGCCAGCUGUGACCAUUCAAGUGUAUGAAGGCGAGCGAGCCAUGACCAAAGACGGUAACCUUUUGGGGCGAUUUGAGCCGACAAGAAUUCCUCCCGCCCCACGAGGAGUACCCAAGAUUGAGGUUUCCCUCGAUAUAGAUGCGAAUGGAAUCUUAAAUGUAUCUGCCAAGGACCAAAGUAUUGGAAGAACCUGUGCCAUCACCAUCACCAAUGACACCGGAAGGCUGUCUAAAGCAGACAUCGAUCGCAUGGUGGCUAGAGGCCGAGAAAUGCAAGAAAGAAGAUGCGGUACAAAGAGAAAAGAUUACCGCAGGAAACAGCUUGGAAAGUUAUGUGUACAGCGUAAAACAGACAGCAGUAGAUCCAGAUGUUGA